GCCGCUUUCGUCAGCUUGCCGUGGCCAUUUUGGCACGAGCCAUCGCUGACGCGCGAUCCUUUUUGGCGUUUGCACACCAAAGGCCAAAAAGGCGUUUGGGGGCAACUUGGAAGAAGUGCCCCCCCGCUAGGUUGAGCCAUGGAGGAAUCGGGAUUUCUAUUGCAAUUCGUACCAUUUUCACUCCCAGUUCGAUGCUCCGCACAGGGACUCUGGAUCUCGUUGGAAGUGGUGGAAGAUGGGGAGGCCCCGAUCGGUACUUUACGUUAUGUCCCCUCCAUGGCGUGCUCCUGACAUUGGUGAUCAGGAAUGAUCGGCCCUAGUCUUUUGCUUUAUUGUUCUUUGGAAUCGCUUUUUUGGCUCAAGCGGUUCCGAUCUAGGUUGCCACAUCUCGCGGCGGCCUUGCGAGCACCCGCUCCCUGUCAGGCUUCUCACUCGACCAGGAGGCCCAUUCGACACAAUGCGUGAGGCGAUCUGCAUCCACAUUGGCCAGGCAGGAGUGCAGAUUGGAAAUGCAUGCUGGGAGCUCUUUUGCCUCGAGCAUGGCAUCCAGCCCGACGGCCAAAUGCCCUCCGAUAAGACAAUCGGGGGCGGUGACGAUGCCUUCAACACGUUCUUCUCCGAGACUGGUGCCGGCAAGCACGUCCCCCGCUGUGUGUUCGUCGACCUGGAGCCCACGGUGGUCGAUGAAGUGCGCACAGGCACGUACCGUCAACUGUUCCAUCCAGAGCAGCUCAUUUCUGGUAAGGAGGACGCCGCGAACAAUUUCGCGCGCGGGCACUACACAAUCGGCAAGGAGAUCGUCGACCUCGUGCUCGAUCGGAUCAGGAAGCUGGCCGACAACUGCACAGGCCUCCAGGGCUUCAUGAUCUACAACGCCGUCGGCGGAGGCACUGGCUCCGGGCUCGGCUGCCUGAUGCUGGAGCGCCUGUCCGUGGACUACGGCAAGAAGACGAAGGUCUCCUUCACCGUGUGGGCGUGCCCGCAGGUCGCCACCGCAGUGGUGGAGCCUUACAACACGGUGCUCUGCGUGCACUCUCUUCUGGAACACACAGACGUGACCAUCAUGUACGACAACGAGGCGUUGUACGACAUUUGCCGCCGCAACCUUGACAUCGAGCGUCCAACUUACACCAAUCUUAACAGGCUGCUGGCGCAGAUCAUCUCCUCGCUGACUGCGUCGUUGCGCUUCGACGGUGCUCUGAAUGUGGAUAUCACAGAGUUCCAGACCAACUUGGUACCCUACCCGCGCAUCCACUUCAUGCUGUCGAGCUACGCACCAGUGAUCUCUGCGGAGAAAGCGUACCAUGAGCAGCUGUCAGUAGCGGAGAUCACCAUGUCCGUUUUCGAGCCCGCAUCCAUGUACGUGAAGUGCGAUCCUCGUCAUGGCAAGUACAUGGCAUGCUGUAUGAUGUACCGUGGAGACGUCGUGCCCAAGGAUGUGAACGCAGCGGUUGCUACUAUCAAGACCAAGCGUACCAUCCAGUUUGUGGAUUGGUGCCCCACAGGCUUCAAGUGCGGUAUCAAUUACCAGCCUCCUACUGUGGUUCCCGGCGGUGACCUGGCCAAGGUGAUGCGUGCCUGCUGCAUGAUCAGCAACUCCACAGCCAUCGCAGAGGUUUUCUCUCGCAUCGACCACAAGUUCGACCUCAUGUACUCGAAGCGCGCUUUCGUGCACUGGUAUGUGGGCGAGGGCAUGGAGGAGGGUGAGUUCUCCGAGGCUCGCGAGGACCUGGCGGCGCUGGAGAAGGAUUACGAGGAGGUUGGCAUCGAGACCGCGGAGGGCGAGGGCGAGGAGGAGGGCUACGGCGACGAGUUCUGAGCAGGCUGCCACAUAGCAGCUGUACAGGAGAGGCGUACACAGAAUCGCGACAGGUUACUUGCAAGCUGCAAGCGCAUACCGUUGAGAGAGCAUGUUUCCACGCUGUCCCUCAAAGACCAGCAUUCUUUUUACGCGGAAGGUCGACGUGUUUUCCACGCGGACCGCUUGCUGUUCAUUCGCGCGCCACACCUCCACUCGAGGUGGCCGAACUGAUAGACUGCCUCGUGCCACUGCCACCGUUCCCUUAGCGCUUGCACAGAAACACAAAC